AUGUCCUGCCCAACCCACGCAAACGGCUCGAAUGCCGGACAGCCCUGCCAGCCCACCCAGCCUGCCAAACCUAUGCAAGCUAUCUCUGCUAUUCUCAACCCUGACACCGUCGGCCGCGAGGGUGGAAAGGAAAAAGUAUUCGUUUUCCAGUCUCUUCCCAACCGAACUGUUGGUAUGGACCAAAUCAACUUCGGCGACAAGAGUGUAAACAAUCAGAAAGACGAGGGUGAUGGUGUUGUGGGCUACUAUGCAAAGCCGCCCAGCUUCGUCCCCGUCCUUCGCCCGGGUUCAAAGUUGGUAUCUACCGUUUUUGAUGACAUUGUUCAUGUCUAUGGCAUAAACGAGCAAACUGGACUGAUCAGUCUCGUGAGCCCGAUCUUUUCACCUGUCAAGAACGCAAAGCCCGAGUACAACAAUUUCGCCGCCUGUAGCAACGCCAAUGACGAUGGAAAAGGCUACCUGUAUUUCCAGAAGAAGAACGAGCGGGGUGUCACUUACAUCUACGAGAAAGACCUUAGCGAUCCUGAUAGCGAGCCUUCCCUUGUGGACAAGACGAAUGAGGCAGAGGAGGGAACGGACAUGAUUGCCUUCCACGACGGCGAGAACCGCUGGAUUGUGUACCAGACCAGUUCGGGCAGGGGCGAGAAGAACAUCGUUCUCCACGAUGUAGACAGUGGAAAGAAGGACCAAAUUCCGAAUUUUGGUAACAAUAUUGCCAGUGGAGAAAUCGCCAGAAUUGCCGCUGUUCACGCCCGCACCGCAAAGGAUCGGGAAGAUCUAGUUUUCGUCUACCUCGCUGCAACAAAGAACCAGCUCUGGCGUUCCCAGGCCACCAUCACUGAUGGCACUCCCAAUUUUGCAAGCGCCAAGAAGCUUAGCAAGGAUACUUACAUUAACGACUGGACUUCCAUGUCCGUUGUUGCUGACCCAGUGAAGCGCGAGAACCUGAUCUUCACCAUCACCGAGAAGGGAAACAGCAUCUCCCUCAACCGCGACGUCUGGGGCAAGCAGUGA